AUGUGGAAGACACGCUCCUGUUCUGGCAUUUCGGCUCGUUCCCAAAUCCUUUUCGCUAUUGUGUUUACGGCCAGAUACCUCGACCUUUUCACGACGUUCAUUUCAACAUACAACACGGUUAUGAAGGUAUUCUUCAUAAUUUCCUCGUACGGGACUCUGUACCUGAUGCUUAUCAAAUUCCGUCCCACAUACGAAAAAGAGAGUGAUAGUUUCCGUGUUGAACUACUUCUCAUUCCAUGUGUCCUACUAUCUCUUCUCAUUAAUCACGAAUUUACUACUAUGGAAAUUCUAUGGACAUUCAGUAUCUAUCUCGAAGCCGUAGCGAUCAUGCCUCAGUUGUUUAUGUUACAAGCAACUGGAUCCGCCGAAACCAUCACUGCUCACUAUCUGUUCUUCCUAGGGUUGUACCGUGGUCUUUACAUCUUGAACUGGAUCUACAGUCAUAACAAAGCGGGUUACAUUCACUGGUCCCUCAAUAUCAUGCGGUGCGUAGAAGGAAUACAAACAGUAUAA